AUGUUUUAUAAAUCCUUUUUAAUUUCAUCCUAUAUUCAUUCUUACCUCUAUUUUAUUCAUUCAUUUUUCACUGCAUCCUUUAUUCAUCCUUUUCUCAUGUUAUUUAUCCUCUUUUACUUCAUCUUUUAUUCUUUCUUCCCACUCUUUUACUCAUCCUUUUUUAUUUCAGCCUUUAUUUAUUCUUCCCUCUCUUUUAUUCAUUCUUAUUUAACUUCUUGUUUAUUCACCCCUUUUUCCUCUUUUAUUCAUCAUCUUUCAACUUCAUUCUUUAGUCAUCCUUCGCUUUUCUUUUAUUCAUCAUGUUUUUACGUCAUCUUUUUUUUAUUUCAUCCUUUUUUCUCCUUCCCUCUCUUUUAUUCAUCCUCUUUUUACUUCAUCCUUUUUUCUCCUUCCCUCUCUUUUAUUCAUCCUCUUUUUACUUCAUCCUUUUUUCUCCUUCCCUCUCUUUUAUUCAUCCUCUUUUUACUUCAUCCUUUUUUCUCCUUCCCUCUCUUUUAUUCAUCCUCUUUUUACUUCAUCCUUUACUCAUCUUUACCUCUCUUUUAUUCAUGCUUUUUUAUUUUAUCCUUUAUUCAUCUUUACCUCACUAUAUUCAUCCACUUUUUACUUUAUUCAUCCUUCUCUCGCUUGUUCAUCCUCUUUUUAAUUCAUCCUUUAUUCAGCCUUUCUUCUCUUUUAUUUAUCUUGUUUCAACUUCAUUCUUUAUUCAUCAUUUCUUCUUUCUAUUCAUCCUCAUUUUACUUCAUUCUUUAUUCACCCAUCUCUCUUUUUUAUUUAUCCUUUUUUAUAGUUACCUCCCUUUUAUUCAUUCUCUUUUACAACAUUCUUUAUUUUUUCUUUCCUCUCUUUUAUACAUCCUUUUUCUAUUUCAUCCUUUAUUCAUUCUUCCCUAUUUUUUAUUCAUCCUCUUUUAACUUUUAUCCUCUUAUAACUUCAUUCUUUAUUCAUCCUUUCCUUUCUUUUGUUUAUUCUUUUUCUAUUUCUUCCUUUAUUCAUCCUUCUCUCUUUUUUAUUUAUCCUCUUUGA